GACUGUCUGUUUUCAUUCUGCAGACCGACAACAUGUCAGAGGUAGUCUUAAUGGACGAGAAUUACAACAAACUCCUGGAGCAAUGCGAGGCACAGGAGUUGGAGGCUCCUGGUGGAAUAGCAACCCCUCAGGUGUAUGGCCAGCUGCUCGCUUUGUAUCUCCUGCACAAUGACAUGAAUAAUGGUCGGUACCUUUGGAAAAGAAUUCCUCAAGCUAUUAAAAUUUCGAACAUGGAGCUGGCAGCAAUCUGGGCAGUAGGGCAGCGGAUCUGGCAGCGAGACGUCCCGGGAAUAUACACAGCCAUUGCAGCUCACCAGUGGUCUGAGUGCAUUCAGCCCGUCAUGGAGGCUCUCCAAGAAGCGACACGGAGGAGAGCCUUUGGACUCGUAGCUCAGGCAUACACCUCUAUCACGGCUGACGAUUUUGCUGCUUUUGUUGGAUAUUCGGUAGAGGAAGCUGUAAAAGGGGUUGUAAGUCAAGGCUGGCAGGCAGACCCAAACACAAGAAUGGUAAUGCCCAGAAAGCCAGAUCCUCCCCCAGUUUCCAUGGUUCCUAACGAGCAGCAGUUGGCCAGACUCACUGACUAUGUGGCUUUCCUUGAGAACUGAUAGAAUCCCAGCCUGGAGACGUCCCGGUUAGCAAGAGCCCUUUGUUCUGGGCCUUAAAGCCACGGAAUCCCCUUGUCUUGGUUGUGAUCCAAUGUCUUUGACAGCAAAUCAGCUGGAAUGGUGUUUAUAGGUUUUUGUACCGUGCAUUGUUCAUCCAGGCUCUGUUAGCAGGAUUGUCUACGGGAUGGAUUGCAAGACAAAAACAAACAAACAAACUUGGAAUGUGAGAUAUGCCAGACAUGCUGUUUUCAGUAUACAUUGUGUCCUUUGAACCCAUUUUACAUGAAAUACUUUUGAUUGCUGUCUGCCCCUUGUCUGACGGGUCAUUCUUCACCCUAUUUAGUAUGCCAUAUUGUUCUGUAGCAAAGUAGCAAUCUAAGCUUUACUGCAACAGAAUAAUGCAGCACUUACAGUAAAGAGCUUCGUUCUAAUCGGAUUCCAGUUGACUGAUGCUUCCAACAGAUUGUGCAUUUCUUCCCCUCUACUUAGAAAACAUGUUAUAUGGUAGAACAGCUGAGCAGAAUUAUUUCAGUUUACCGGCAGGUUUUCACAGGUUUCUUUAUUGCCAUCAUCCCAGGUGAUUUUUUUCAAGUCCAGUUAAUUGUGUUCCAAAAGAGGAUACUGUGCCUUUAAGGUCAGGUAUCACAUUUAAAAAAGUAAAGGCUAAUUUUCAAUGCAAAUAAGUUAAACAGUUUGAAAAGUCAAAGGGUGCGUUUUCAGUAAGGCUUUCUAAAGCACUUGCUUUACGUAUGCAGUACACUUUUUGUAAUCUUGUGGUUUAACUAGCAGGUUCACACCUUGCUGGUUCAGAAUUCCACUGCGUUCACACUGACUCCCUUAAAUAAUAAUAUCACUGGAGAUGCACCAACUAGCCCUGUGUUACCUGUAUUAAUGUAAAUGUUUUACAUUUAUUGUUUGUUUUUGUGAGUAGAGAAAAUGCACUGCUGAAAGUAAAAUCAAAAGCAAAUAGAAUUAUCUUCUGGUUUUAAAAUACCUA